GGUGCAGGGGGGAGGACUGAAAACAGAUCAGCAGACCUCCGCAUGUCCCCGCACCGAACAGCGUCCAGACCCGAAGCCUGAGGCGCGCCGAGCCGAGCCGAGCCGAACCUUUGUCCGUUUGGUGACGCGAGGACGGGACCAGCAUGGACCGCAGGGAACGGGUCCAGGUUCGGCUCUGAUUCGGGACGCACGGAGGUGGAAUGUCCUGCGAAGAGUUCUCCAAACUUUUCCACACUCGGUUCGUGAAGUCCGGAGAGCCAGACCGGUUCUAGAGACCCGGAACCAGCAAGUCCACAGAAAGUUCUUCUUCGGACACGAAGCGAGAAAGAAGAGAAUCCGGGUGAAGAUCGUGAGGGGACAUUGAAAAGCAGUAUGGAAGCUUCAGCUCCGACCGCCACCGACAAGAAGGAGUGCAAAGGUUCUGGUCUGGACGGAAGCAGCUUCUCUGAACUCCCCAAGAAGCCGUCGCCGACCACUCUGAGCAGAGGUUCCCACCACCUUUUUCCCACUUUUCACACCCCCAUUCCCAUUGACAUGAGGCACCAUGAGGGGCGGUACCAUUAUGAGCCACACCCACUCCACGCCAUGCAUGGGCCUCCAGGACUGACAGGAAGUCCAGUCAUCUCAGAUAUCUCUCUGAUCCGACUGUCCCCCCACGCAGCGGUCGGGACGGGCGAGUCACCGUUCAGCCCCCCGCACCCUUACGUCAGCCCCCACAUGGAGCACUACCUCCGCUCGGUGCACAGCAGCCCCACCCUGUCCAUGAUCUCAGCUGCACGAGGACUGAGCCCAGCUGACGUGACCCACGAGCAUUUAAAGGAGCGAGCCCUGUUCAGUUUCCCCCCUCCACCUCCGGGAGCUAACCCCUCCGAGUAUUACCACCUGAUGGCCAGCGCCAGCCAGAGGAGCCCCUACGGAGACCUGCUGAUGCAGAACGGUGCCGCGGCCGCAGCUGCUGCUGCGGCAGCAGCUCAUCUCCCAGAUUACCUCGGUCCUGUGGACGUCUCCCGCUUCUCCAGUCCAAGGCUGACGCCCCGGCUGAGCAGGAAGAGGGCCUUGUCCAUCUCGCCGCUGUCAGACGCAAGCAUCGACCUGCAGACCAUGAUCCGCACCUCGCCCAACUCUCUGGUGGCCUACAUCAACAACUCCCGCUCCAGCUCGGCCGCCAGCAGCUCCUACGGACACCUGUCAGUCGGAGGGAUCAGCCCCACGUUCAGCUUCCCCCACCCCAUCAACCCCGUGGCCUAUCAGCAUCUGCUGUCGCAGCAGAGAGGCCUGAACGCCUUCGGCCACACGCCUCCUCUGAUUCAGCCGACGCCGUCCUCCUUCUCUGCCCGCCAGCACCCGCUGAGCGCGUCGCCCAUGUCGGCUCACAACAACUCCGAGACGAGCCAGAGUGCAGGCGGAGAUCCGGCUGUAAGCAGCACCGUCAAUCCAUUAAACACCAAAAAGUCGAAGGUCAAAACUGAAGCGGAGGGUCCGCUGCCCAUUUCUCCAUCCUCACAGGACCAUGGCGGGGGGGUCCUGGACCUGAGUGAAGAUCUGGAUAAAGACGAGUGCAAGCAGGAGCCCGAGGCCGUUUAUGAAACCAACUGUCACUGGGAGGGCUGCUCCAAGGAGUACGACACCCAGGACCAGCUGGUCCAUCACAUCAACAACGACCACAUCCACGGAGAGAAGAAGGAGUUCGUGUGCCGCUGGGACGAGUGUUCGCGGGAGCAGAAGCCCUUCAAGGCCCAGUACAUGCUGGUGGUCCACAUGAGGCGCCACACGGGGGAGAAACCGCACAAAUGCACAUUCGAGGGCUGCUCCAAAGCUUACUCUCGUCUGGAGAAUCUCAAGACCCACCUCAGGUCCCACACCGGAGAGAAACCCUACGUGUGCGAGCACGAAGGCUGCAACAAGGCCUUCUCCAACGCCUCGGACCGGGCCAAGCACCAGAACCGCACGCACUCCAACGAGAAACCAUACGUGUGUAAAAUCCCCGGCUGCACGAAGCGCUACACGGACCCGAGCUCUCUCAGGAAGCACGUGAAGACCGUCCACGGACCCGAAGCCCACGUCACCAAAAAACAACGAGGCGACGCCCCGCCGAGGCUGCAGCCGCCCAAAGGAAACGGGGAGAACGAGACAAACUUCAAGCACGGCGCGAGAGGCGCAGACGGCAGGAUGGAGGCCAACAGCACCUCCAGAGGGGGGCAGGACUGUCUGCAGGUCAAAUCCAUCAAGACUGAAAACUCUGUGACGUAUCAGUCCAGUCCUGGUGGCCAGUCGUCUUGUAGCAGCGAGCCGUCGCCUCUCAGCAAUGCCAACAACAUCGACAGUGGGGUAGAGAUGGCCAUGCACAGCGGGGGCAGCUUUGGGGACCUCAGCGCACCAGAAGAGUGCCCCGUGGUCGACUCCACCGUCCCCACCGGGGGUCAACAGGCGGGGGUGGGACUUCAGCUGAGGAAAUCCACAAGUUACGGUGGAGCGGUCACCAUCAAGUUGGAGAACAUCAAGAAGGAGAGGUUGAAGACUAUGAGGGACUCCUGCCCCUGGGUGAACGCUGGACCACCGCAGGGUCAACGCAAAACCAUGAAGCUGCCUCCCAUUCCUGCAGUCGGUUCCCUGCUGGAUAACUCCAACAUGAUGGGUAACUUGAGUGGUUUGCACCCCGGCCAACCCAUGGGGGACCUGUCUUCAUGUGAAAUAACCCUGCUGAACCAGCUGAAUGAGCGCCGCGACAGCACCACCAGCACCCUCAGUUCUGCUUGCAGUCGGCGCUCUUCUGGUAUAUCCCCCUACUAUUCCAGCCGCCGCUCCAGCGAGACAUCCCAGUUUGGAGCUAACCGCCACAACAACAUUAGUUCAGCCGACUCCUACGACCCGAUCUCCACGGACAUGUCCCGCCGCUCCAGCGAGGCCAGCCACUGUGGAGGAGGUGGUUUUAGUGGGGGAGGAGGCCCUAGUCUCCUCAGUCUUACUCCGGCUCAGCAUUAUCGUCUCAAGGCGAAGUACGCUGCUGCCACUGGCGGAGCUCCGCCCACUCCUCUCCCAAACAUGGAUCGAAUGAGCCUAAGGACACGGAUGGCUCUUUACAGUGAAUCCCAGGAAGGCUCCUCAUUCCUGUUCCACCAGCCACCCUCUGGAAUUGUGCCAAGGCGAUGCAGUGAUCUUGGAUAUGCCUCACAGAGCAUGUUGCCUCAUGAAGUUCCCACAAAUCUUCCACGCCGGGCCAGUGAUCCAGUGCGUCGCCCCACUCUAGACCCUUUUUCUUUCCCAAGAGUUCAACGCUACAACAGCAUGAACAACAUGAACCCUAUGAAUGCCCCUUUUUCUGCUGAGCGCUAUCAAACCCUGGCCAUGCAGGGUUACACUCGCUCUGAUGGAAGCCUCCAACGUUACCCAUUUGCUCCUCGACCGCCAAGCAUUUCUGAGAACGUAGCCAUGGAGAACAUGGCAGUAGAUGGGAUGAUGUCUAUGGGGGAACAGAGUGGGGAGGAUGAUAUGGUGCUUCCAGACGAUGUGGUUCAGUAUCUCAGGUCACAGAACUCUGGAGUGUCAGGUCCUAACUUGGGCAACUACAAUCCCAACAAUCAGACUCAGGGGUACCAGACAGGCAUGGCCCCAUCCUUCCAUGGACAGAGGAGGAUGGCCAUGGUGGAUGCCAGCAUGGCUCACUCUGGUCAGGAUAUGCAGUCUUGUCAGGUUGGUCCCAAUGGAUCGCAGCAGACUUUCUCAGCAUCAUCGAACCACAUGAAGAAGAACAUGCCGGUUCAAUGGAAUGAGGUGAGCUCAGGGACGAUGGAUACAACAACAAAGCUCCCCAAGCAGCAGCAGCAGCAGCCUCUUGUGAGGGGAAAUCUGGCUGUUAUUCAGCAGAGACACAACUUUGGGUCCCUUCAGGCACAAACUCAGGGCCUGAGCAGCAACCAGCAGGUUGUGCCGAUGAGUCAGAACAUGUCUAUGCAGGGAUACAUGAACCACAGCAACCAGAGGAUGGUGAACAUCUCCUUCCAACAGCAUCAGCAACAGAGGCAAAACAACGGUGGCAACUUUAAUGAACAAUUGAGUCAUCAGCAAGGUUUCAGCCAGGAGGCUGGAAACACCAACAUACAACCUGCCCACAAUGGUGUGGCAAAUCCAGAACUACAAAGCUACAGAACAAGGGUCCAGAUGGAAGGUUACGCUCACAUGAACCAGGUGGAUCAGCAGCAGAAUUACAGUGUCCCCUCCAAACAUCAGCAGCAUAGUGUUCAAAAUGGAACCAGAGGAAUGUUACAACCCAAGCCGCCCACAGAGCCCAAGUCCAGACAACACAUGUAUUGUAGCGUGAUGCAACCAAGCCGAACCCCCAAAAUGUCUGAUCUGAGCCACGGCAACGACUCGUCUGAGGCAAGCCCAAAGAGGAACAGCAGCUCAGAGAAUCUGAACCCUGCCAUAAUCUACACAGCCCAGGUCCACAUGUUUGAACCGUCAGCUGUGGGCUUUGAUGCUUCCAUGUCCCCAUGUCCCAACGAGGCCAGCAAAAACCCUACUGCAGCCAACAUGGCCUCACCAGGAGCCAACCAAGUCUCCAGCAGCACGGCCGACUCCUCCACCGGCAGAUCAGGAGGCACUGAGCACGCCCAGAUUGACUUUGACACCAUGCUCGAUGAUGGAGACCAUUCCAGCCUCAUGUCGGGGACCCUAAGUCCCGGUCUUCUGCAGAGCCUCUCCCAGAGCUCAUCACGCCUCACCACCCCACGUAACUCUGUCACCCUGGCUUCGGUUCCUGCAGGGAUCAGCAACAUGGCCAUAGGGGACAUGAACUCCAUGCUCACAGCUCUGGCGGAAGAAAGCAAGUUUCUCAACAUGAUCAGCUGAGAGCAGUCCAACAUCUCAUCGUUCACCCAUCCCCACCAGGUUCUUCAGGAAUUCAUGAACUACUCAAUUAAAGCACUGAUUGUUCGAACCAAAACUGACUGACUCUCAGACUUUUCCACUUCCUAAAGGGACGUGCUGAACUUGUAAUAUUUGCUCCAGAUUGUAACGUGAAAUGGACAAGUUCAUAGUAAAUGUAGCUAGGGUUACAUUUUUUUUUUCAUAAUUUCUUUGAAAAGCCAUACGUUUUAGCAACGGGUCAACGAUAGCCCAGUUUUUUAUUAAAAACCCAUUAGAAACAAACACCGUUCAGUAUUUUUGGGUGUAACGGGCUUUUAUAAAGUGGUGCACUGGCAGCAGUUCACGUUGUGCCUUGAGGUCAUCAUGAAACACCAGGAAAUCAACACAUUGUGUAGAUAUAAGAUGAUAUCCGCUCUGUAGAUUGUACUCCAUGGUAACUGCUUUAAUUUAUGCUAGAGGCUUUUUAUGUUUGAACUGGGGCUGCCAGAGGUACAGAAACAUGAAAACGUUCAGUUUUAUUCAAUUAGAUUUGUUGUGGAGGUGUAGAAAGUCACCUUGCAAAGCUCAGCUGCAGUUCAACGGGGUGUU